UGCCGAUAGCUAUGUGCGAAUAAUAUCUUUUCUGCUUUGCUUGUUAAUGGUUUGUUUACAUUUUUACUUUGUUCUUGAUCCAGACAAAACUUUUUUUAAUCUGAAUAAUACAAGCUUACAAGGGUCAAGAGACUACAUGAAAUCUUCCCUUCUAUUCCACAUCACCAACUCAAUACUUCGGCGCUAUCUUCAGAAAAUCAUCUAAAAAUGUCUGUGUCAACAAUCGUUUCAAGUGUAGCCAAAUCUCGGUCUGCAUUCUUGUGUCAGAGUGUCAGACCAUUCACAACUGUGCAGAAUGGGCACAAAUCAUCGCAAACUUCAGUUGACCCCUCCACCGUGAGUCAUCAUAGCAAGCUGGCCGAAAACUGGUGGGAUGAUUCAGGGUUCCUUAAAGCAUUGCAGUCGAUGAACUCCUUACGAGUGCCACUGGUUCGAGAUGGUCUAUUCCAAACAGGUGCCGCUUGCAGUGAUAGAAAGAAUACACCAAGACCUCUUGAAGGUUUAAACAUAGUUGAUGUUGGCUGUGGUGGAGGGCUGCUUUCUGAGCCCCUUGCAAGGUUGGGAGCAUCUGUCACUGGCAUUGAUGCAAGCGCUGAGCUUAUUGAGAUAGCACAGCAACAUGCGCAAUUGGAUCCUUCCCUGCAAAAUAGACUUACCUAUAUUCACACUUUAGCAGAAACUCAUGCAUGUGAAGCUGAAGCAAAGUAUGAUGCUGUUGUUUCCUCUGAGGUCAUAGAGCAUGUAAAAGAUAAGCAUUUCUUCAUAGAGCAGUGCACAAAAUUGUUGAAGCCAAGGGGAUCUUUAUUUAUCACAACACUGAAUCGCACAACUCUCUCCUGGCUUGGUGGAGUUGUUAUGGCUGAAUAUGUAGCAAGACUUGUCCCACAGGGCACACAUCAAUGGGAACUAUUCAUUCAACCAUCUGAGCUUCAGAUAAUGCUUGAAAAAUAUGGAUGCUUUACAAAGCUCUUACAUGGCAUGUGUUAUAACCCACUAACAGAUGAAUGGCAUUGGUCACAGAAUGUAAGUAUUAACUAUGCCAUCCAUGCUGUAAAGACAGAUUAAAUUUGUAAUUUUUAGUUCUAGUCAUUAUAUUAAAGAAAGAAAAAGAAAUAUCCACCUACUUUUGAGCAAUUUUACAAAAUGCUGAACCUUGAAACACAUUUGAAUAUUGUUUAGUACUGGUGUUUAAAGCCUAUGACACUACGUUCAAUAAAAGUCCCUGUGCUUCAGAUGUGUACAAAUAAUAAUUUCAAUUUAAAUAAAAACGUAAUUUAACUUCCAUA